ACCAGAGAACACUUCCUGGUCUUGUUCUCCUUCCACAUGCUCAUCCUCUCUCUGGAUCACUCCAGACAAGACUUCAUCUACGAGGGCAUCCUUCCCCUUUCUGGACUUUCUUUCCGAGCCGUCUCCCUGGAGCCGGACGCGUCACGUUCACCGCACAUGUUUGAGAUCAGCAGCCCCAUGGUGGACUCCAAGGUGUUCGUGUGUGCCACUGCUGCAGACUUACAGAAAUGGAUGCAGCACAUAGACGACAGGAGACACAAAUCCACGGCGCAGCCCAUGAGCCCGUCCCACUGUGCUCUGUCCUACCUGCUACCCUGUGACGAGCGCUGGAAGAGAGAAGAACUGAGAAAAUACCUGCUCCAGGCUCCAAUCUGGCAGUGGGAGGGCUCGCCCAUCCAGCACAUGGGUCAUCCAGAACACAUGUCCAUCGUUCACAUCAUCAACACGCAGAGACAGGGACUCCAAGAACGACUGAUGGUUCUCUUCCCUCAAGACGUCCUGCUGCUGUCUGUUGACAACAAGCGGCUGAAUAUAAAAUAUGAGGGCAGGUUGGCCCGACAGAGCAUCAAAGCAGUGGAGAGGUCGGCCUCGCCUGGAUGGCUGGAGUUCGAGCUGAGAGGUGAGCUGGUGGAGCCUCUGCAGGUCUCUUGCACCUCCCUGGAGGAUUACCAGAACUGGAUGUUUCACUUACAACAGGUUGGACGGUCUUAUCUUCAUAGCAUCUUAUAGAUCUGUAAAGAGCCAUGUAGUAAUAAUAAAUAGGCCUUAAAAUGAUGGGAUAAAGAUUUUAGACCUGAGAGAAGCUAAAGUGCUGGUACUCAUGACGUGAGAGGCACCUUUUACAUUUAUCCAUCCAUCUGAUCAGGUUCGGGUUGUGGUGGGAACGUUAUAAGCAGGUCAUUCCAGGCGUUCCUCUCCUCAGCUGCCCAGUUCCUCCAGAGGAAUCCAGAAGCAUUCCCAGGCCAGAUGAGAUUUGUUAUCCCUCCAGUGAAUACUGGGUCAAAGCCAGGGCUUCCUUCCAGUUGGGAGCGCCUGGAAACCUCUAAAGGAAAACACCCAGGAGGCAUCAUAGUCAGAC